UCCAAUUCGCCUCGUUCUCGACACCAUGGUCUCUGCUAGUACUCUUGUUGGUCUGGCGCUGGUGGCGUCGCAAGUGGCGGCCCACGGCGGCCUCUUUGACCCCAAGCCGACGUUUCUUGAGCCCAAUAGCGACCCGACGCGCUUCUGCGGCACGAUCGAUGGUCCCACGUCGCUGCCUGGCUCGGCAUACAACCAGGACCCGGGCUACAACGCCGCGCAGUUUGCUGCCAACUUCAAAACGAGCAAGUACAAGACGCUCAAGGCGUUCUUGGAUGCGUGGGACACGAGCGCGCAGUGCGGCCAGUGCGGCAUCACCAAGGUCGACGCAGCCAACCCGCAGCCGCUGCCGAGCAUCGUCAAGUGGCGUCACGGAGACAACGAGGGCUUCACGCCGUCCCACGAGGGUCCGUGCGAGCUCUGGUGCGAUGAGACGCGCGUCUACUACAACGACGACUGCGCCAAGAACAUUCCGGACGGCUCGAUGCCCAUCGACACGUCCAAGUGCGCUGGCGCCAAGCAGCUCACGAUGCUCUGGAUGGCGCUCCACACGCCGCAAUGGCAGGCUUACAAAAACUGUGUCGCGAUUGGCAGUGCGGGUCCGAGCCCGUCGACCAGCAAGCCAACGGAUGCGCCGACGGAUGAACCGUCUGACGAGCCAACUGACGAGCCGACAGAGGACCCGACGGACGCCCCGACGUCCGCACCUACGGACAAGCCCACGGACAAGCCCACGGAAUACCCGACCGACAAGCCGACCACCGCGCCGACGACCAAGCCCACGACCAAGCCAACGACCAAGCCCACGGUGCAGCCCACAUCGGACCCCGAGUACCCGACGGACGCACCGACCAACAAGCCGUCCAAGACCGGGUUGCUCUCUACUACCAAUGCGGCGGUGCCAACUACAAGGGCAACACCGAGUGCGUCGAGGGCGCUCACUGCGUCAAGUACAACCCUUUCUACUAUCAAUGCCGCCCCGACUCGGAGGGCACGAGCGAAAAGGUCGCGGCCUACAUGCAGUGCGGCGGCAAAGACUUUAUCGGUGCAACCACGUGCGUCGACGGGUACCACUGCGGCGAAAUCACAGAGUACUUUUUCCAGUGCCGGCCCGCGGUCGAGUAUGGCAGCCUCGAGACGAUGACGACGACCGAGGACGACCACGACGACGAUGAAGACACGACCCGCCGCCUCCGCCAUGUCUAAACAGCGAGCUAUCAAGUCGAUUAUACAUAUAUAUAUAUAUGUGCCAGUUGUAGUUACGAGUACGAGAGAUAAGGAUCGUCAAGUGUACUCUUGCUUCU